AUGGAGCAGGGUGCUGUUCAGCUCAACAGACAGGCCUUUUUCUGUGCCAUAUGUUUGGAUCUGCUGAAGGAGCCGGUCACUCUUCCAUGUGGACAUAACUACUGUAGAGUCUGUAUUCAGAGCCACUGGGACCGACAGGUGCAGUGCACCUGCCCUCAGUGUAGACAGGUGCACAGCCCCAGACCUGUGCUCCAUGUAAACACCAUGGUGGCAGAGUUAGUGGAGCAGAUGAGGACUGAAUUCCAGUACAACACAAUGGACCCGGAGACUUGGAGGCAGCAGAUCCUGCACAGCAUUCAGGUCAAAGAGGCAGAGCAGCAGAGGCUCCAGCAGGAGGCGCUGUCCCUGAGGCGCUGUGCUGAUGAGACAAUUAAACACAGUGAGGAGCGCUUCAGUUCGUUUGUGCGUGUGCUGGAGUCUGUUCACUGUGACGUGUCCCAAAAUAUCAGGACUCUGCAGGAGAAAGAAGAGGCCAAAAUGAAACAGAUCCAUGACCAACUGGGGCUGGAGGUAACAGAGCUGAAGAACACUCUCUUUGAGGCGGCUCCAGAGACGCUUCAGAGACACCUCCCUCCCUCUGCCCACACACCCAGGACAUACUCACUGCCCCUGGGGUACUUUGAGCAGGCCAAAUCAGCGGUGACCGCCCUCACAGACCUGCUCCAGUCGACUCUGACAGAGGGACUACAGAACAUCUCACAGGGUUUUACACAAGGCCAACCAUCAACCAGACCUCAACCAGGACCUCCACAACCUGAGCCCAAAACCAGAGCAGAGUUUAUGAACUAUGCACGAGAGAUCAUCCUGGACCCAAACACGGUUUAUAAUAUGAUGACACUACACAAAGGAAACAGGAAAAUAAUGCGUAUGAAUGCGAACUAUAGGCUUCUUAACAUCUAUCCCGAUCAUCUGGACAGGUUCAGUGAGUACGAACAGGUCCUGAGCAGAGACGGUCUGACAGGCCGCUGUUACUGGGAGGUGAAGUGGGAAAAGCUGCGUGUUGUUCUUGCAGUGUCUUACCAGGACAUCAAGAGAAAAGGAGAUUCAGAGGAUUUAUCAAAAAGAAUUGGGGUUUACCUGGACCACAGUGCAGGGGUUUUAGCAUUUUACAACAUUGAGGACCAAACCAUGAGCCUCAUCCACAGAGUCCAGACCACCUUCACUCAGCCUCUGUACGUUGGAGUCAGACUGGACCUCUUAGAUGACACAGCCUAUUUCCCUAAACUCAGAUAA